CACUGUGAUUGUGUUAUAUAUCCUUCACUCUGACAACGUUUUUGGAAAUGUUACGAAAUUGUGACCUUUUCAUUUCACUCUGUCUCUGUCGCUUGACCAUGGGCUCUGUUUCCUACAAAGAGAAAGAUUUCCUGGCCAACCUCACUUGGAACUACGACCCCAAGAUCCGCCCGGUGUUAGAUGGUUCCAACACGACAGUGAGUAUCAGUAUGGGGUUGUACUCACUUUUAUCUCUGGAUGAGAAACAGGAAGUGCUCAGCUUUAAAGCAUGGGUUUCAAUGUUGUGGAAGGACCAGCUAUUGGUGUGGAAUACGACAGAUGACAUUCCCUUUGCAGUCACUAUGCCCUUGCCGGAUGUAUGGACUCCAACCGUACUGAAUGUUGAUUCUGUGACGAGUUUGAAGUAUCUGAAAGAUGAAACAGAUACCGUGUUUGUCUAUCAGGAUGGUACAGUUGCGUAUUCCUACGUAGGUAGGUUUGACACAGGAUGUAAGGUGAAUAUUCAACAGUUUCCUUUCGAUCAUCAAACAUGUACAUUUCAUUUACAAAUAUUGUAUACCCAAGUAACCAAGGAAUAUCUUGAGGUAACAUCCACGAAUGUCGUUCUGGAUGUAUACAGGGAAAACGGAGAAUUUAACCUUCUCAGUGCAUCCAUGGUGUUACAGGAGUUCACUACUCUCGGUGUUACUCAACCCUGGAUUGAAGUUACAUUCGUCCUAAAGAGACGAACCACCUUCUACAUCCUCAACAACAUCCUUCCUGUCGUGUUCCUGUCCUUUCUCAACUGCUUCGUAUUCUGUUUGCCCGGGGAGAGUGGUGAGAAGAUGUCAUUGUGUGUCUCCAUCCUGUUGUCCUAUGCCAUGUUCCUGACCCUCAUCAACUCCUACCUACCAGCGAACUCCGAUCACCUGUGUUUCUUCAGUGUCUACGUCACCCUGCUUGUGUUGAUCAGCACACUCACAUGUCUCGUCACAAUCUUCAUGCUGGCACUUCACACUUAUUUACAAACGGGCAAAGCUUGUCCAAGAUGGCUGCCGGUCGCUUGGAGGUCUGAUAGCAAAGUUGGAACAAGUGAACCAUGGGUUAAGAAGGAAGACAUAGCUCCAAACCAAUCUGAUGUAAACGGUAAAGCAAACAAUAAGUCGGAAAUGAAGGACUUGAUUAUCGCCAAGUGUCACAGAGUGGCAUUUGGAACGUUCUUCACACUGACACUCCUCAUUAAUCUUAUAUUUUUCAUUUCCGUAUCCCCGUGA